UUUUAAUUUCAUUACUGUAAGAAGUAAAAUGAGAUAAAAAAAAAUAAACAAGUUAUAGUAUUCAGGAGAAAAAUAUGCCACGUGUCCGUAUUUACAGGCACUACGUGAAGUAGUGGGUCUCCAAAAUACGCGCGUGGCCCCACUCUCCAAAACGGCCCAAUUAGCCGUUGGAAACUGAACCUCGUCACGCUCUUGUUACUGUCUCUCUUCUUCCUCUUUUCCAUUUCACACAGACUUUACACAACAACACUCACAGUGCAUUCCCAACAAAACAUGGGUUUCUACGACUUCUCCGACACCGACAACGAGUCAGCCAUAGAAGAAAUUAUCUCACUGGCCCAAGAUGCAUGCGUGUUGGACCAACUCUCCGCCAUCAACUGCGCCGGAAUCACCAACUCCGUCCUCCCUUCCCACCUCGAAACUCGUUUCCGCAACCUCAAAUCCUUCCCACCAACCAAAGCUCGCACAUUUCCCACCCCCACUUCAAGAAACGAGGCAAGUUUCAAUUUUUCGCCCUCCAAACAGAACCCAGAUUCUGGGUACACUUCUUCUCAUGACAAAAAGGGAGUGGAAGAAAAACCUAAAGAUGAGUCUGUUUCUUCGCCUCCUUUUACCCCUUCUUCCUCUGAGAAAAGUUCCAUGUCUUCCAUUUUCAAACCGGCGCAAAAGGAUGGUUCCAAACAGCACUCUCCUUUGCAGUCUUCAAGUUCCCCUUCUCCUUCUCCUCCUCGGAGGAGGGGGUGUUUGUGGUGCUCUCCCAAGAAGAAGGAGCAGAAGAAGAAAAAUAAGGAGAAUUGGGAUGAUGAGAUUUUGUCUUCAUUGGGAAGCUUCUCCAUAAAAGAGCAGCAGAAGAUGUUGAAGAAGGCGAUGAAGGAAGAAGAGAAGGUUAGUCGCGAGGCUGAAAAGAUCGUGCAGUGGGCCAAGCUAGCAUCUGCAAGAAUGAACGCUUCUGACAUUGAUGAUGAACUCAGUGAUUGAAGCAUUGAAUGUUGGGGUCUCUAUAUCACUUUACUCUUCUGAUGUUCAGAUAGAAAAGAAAAGCAAAAUUGUAUUUGUUGUCUUGUUUUUAUGGGGGACAGUGGGUCUGUCAAUUUCAUUUUGCAUUUGUUCCCAAUAUUGCGUUUGUUAUACUUUGAGUCAAUAUAAAGAUUUUACAUAGUCUGGGGAUUGCCUCAUUUGGCUGUAUUGAGUUUAUACAACUGAUAAUAGAGAUGCUUAUUUGCAAUAUUA